AUGAAAAGGAUUAUGCGCAACACUUUUGAGGAGGUGGAAUGCAUGAAAUUGGAUAUGGUUGAUGGAAUUGUGGAAGAACUUUUCCCGGUUUCAAAAGUCAUAUUCCAUUCCGAGGAGACACAAGCAACUUCCGAGGAAGAAUAUUCCAAAGAAGAUGAGCCGAAAGCCGAAAAUUUGAUUAGAAGAGAGAGCGUGACACCACCUUCUUCUAUCUCUCCACCAAAGGUUGAGCUUAAAACGUUACCAUCUCACUUACGGUAUGCGUUUUUAGGCGACAACAUGACUCUUCCCAUCAUCAUCUCAAACAACUUGUCGGAAACACAAGAAGCGAGAGUUGUCAAAGUGGUGAAGCAACAUAUAUUGGCGAUCGGUUGGCAAAUUUCGGACAUCCGAGGAAUUAGUCCCUCGGUGGUCAUGCACAAGAUCCACCUAGAAAACGAGUCAAGAGCAUCGGCUCAAAGACAACGGCGUUUGAAUCCAAAUAUGAAGGAGGUCGUGCACAAAGAGAUAGUAAAACUUCUCGACGCCGGAAUUAUAUACCCCAUAUCCGAUAGUGCGUGGGUUAGUCCCAUUCAAUGCGUUCCAAAGAAAGGGGGGAUGACGGUGAUUGAGAACGAGAAGGGUGAGCAAAUUUCCACUAGGACGGUAACGGGAUGGCGUGUUUGUAUUGACUACCGCAAGUUGAAUACGGAGACGAGGAAGGACCAUUUUCCGUUACCAUUUAUCGAUCAAAUGUUGGAGCGGGUAGCGGGCCACGCUUAUUAUUGUUUUCUCGAUGGUUAUUCCGGGUACAAUCAAAUUCUUAUCUUCCCGGAUGACCAAGAGAAAACAACUUUCACAUGUCCUUAUGGAACGUUUGCUUACCGGAGAAUGCCUUUUGGUCUUUGUAAUGCACCGGCAACAUUUCAACGAUGUAUGACUUCCAUCUUCGCCGAUAUGAUUGAAGAUAUUAUGGAAGUCUUCAUGGAUGAUUUUUCGGUAUUCGGGGACUCUUUUGAGAUAUGCUUAAAUAAUCUUGAACGAGUGUUGGCCCGGUGUGAGGAGACCAAUCUAGUCUUGAAUUGGGAGAAGUGCCAUUUCAUGGUAGAGGAAGGAAUUGUCUUGGGACAUAAAAUCUCCAAGGACGGCAUUGAAGUAGAUAGAGCAAAAACGGAAAUCAUCGAGAAACUACCACCACCAACUACCGUAAAAGGAGUUCGUGCCUUCUUAGGGCACGCCGGGUUUUAUCGACGAUUCAUCAAAAAUUUCUCUUCCAUUGCUCGUCCUUUAACUAAUUUACUUGUUAAAGAUAUUCCUUACGAAUUUACUAAUGAUUGCCUUGAUGCUUUUGCUAGGUUGAAGGAAGCCCUUAUCUCGGCCCCAAUUAUUUCAUCACCCGAUUGGACUCUUCCUUUCGAACUCAUGUGUGAUGCAAGUGAUAUAGCACUCGGGUGCGUAUUGGGGCAACGGAGGGAGAAAAAGCUUCACGUGAUAUACUAUGCAAGCCGGACAUUGGCGGAGUUUGACAUCGAAAUUCGCGACAAGAAAGGAACGGAGAACGUCGUCGCCGAUCACUUGUCAAGGUUAGAGAUUCCGGAACCAAUUAUAAGUGGCGUAGAGAUUAAUGAAACGUUUCCGGAUGAGAUGUUGAUGGUACUUUCGGAAGUGGAAACGCCAUGGUAUGCGGAUAUCGCAAACUAUCUAUCUUCCGAAAUAAUGCCACCGGAUUUGACUUACCACCAAAGGAAGAAGUUCUUGAGCGAUGCUAAACGAUUUCUAUGGGAGGAACCGUACCUCUUCAAGGUGUGUGGAGAUGGGAUUUUGAGGAGAUGUGUACCACUACAAGAGAUGAUGCCUAUACUUAGUCAAUGCCAUUCCUCGGACUAUGCGGGCCAUUAUGGUACAUCAAGGACCGCCGCUCGUGUGCUAGAGUGCGGAUUCUUUUGGCCUACGCUAUUUCGUGAUGCGAAAGACUUUGUUAGUCAUUGCGAUCGAUGCCAAAGAGUGGGGAACAUAUCGAAGAGAGAUGAAAUGCCGCUUACCAACAUUCAAGAGGUGGAACUUUUUGAUGUGUGGGGAAUAGACUUCAUGGAUGAUGCAUUAUGGGCAUAUCGUACGGCUUUUAAAACGCCCCUCGGUAUGUCUCCAUAUCGUAUUGUUUUUGGGAAAGCAUGCCAUCUUCCGGUGGAACUUGAACAUCGAGCAUAUUGGGCCAUUAAAAAGCUCAAUUUUGACCUUAAAGCGGCGGGGGAGAAACGUAUGCUUCAACUCAAUGAGUUGGACGAAUUUCGGUUAAAUGCCUAUGAAAACGCCAAGCUUUACAAAGAAAAGACGAAACGAUGGCAUGACGCUCAUAUCGUGCCCAAAACGUUUGUGGAGGGCUCUUUUGUCUUGCUCUACAACUCGCGCCUCAAAUUAUUUCCCGGGAAAUUAAAAUCCCGUUGGAGCGGUCCUUUCAAGAUUCGAACGGUGGCAAGUCAUGGAGCUUUGGAAUUGGAGAAUUCUAGUGGUAUAUACAUGAUUUCAGGAGGUUUCCGUUCGUGA